AAGUUAGAGCUGCCUCUGUGUUUUCUUUCCCACCUUCUUGCUCAUUGUUGCUCUUUUGUGACACUGUAACAGAGUCCGGUUUAUAAGGAUACUUUAAGGACUGAGCAGGGAGAAAAGGCUUUGCUGAUGAUCACAGGAGUUCUAGAAACACUGCAUUUUGGGAUUUUCAGGCCUAGUGACUGCCCUUCAAGACUGCUUUUGUUGGCCUGCUACAUCAACAUUAAAAGCUAAUUCUGCUAUCAGAGACAAGGAGUUUCUUCAUCCAUUGGCUGUUUUUGGUGACUUCAACCAGUUUAACCUGACAGACAAUGGCUUAUUUACUAGUUUUACUGGUGCUGAUGCUAGUUUCAGUAUCUGAGUCCUUCCAUCUGGAGCACCUCGGUCGCUUUGACUGGCAGAAGAGCAUUCGACCAGGCGAGGGAUGCCCUAAAAAGUGCCACCCUGAGCGCUGUCCAGAUGUUAGGCAGCUGCAGGGUUGUCCAGCUGGGCUGGUUCGUGACCAGUGCGGGUGCUGCUGGGAAUGUGGAAACGGUGAGGGGCAAUUGUGUGACCCGGAGCCCCGAUCUGGGUCUACUUUUUACGGGCGCUGCGCUGAAGGUCUGCGCUGCAGAGCCCCACGCAGAAACCCCGCAGGUGAACCCAGAGCCAUCUGUGUGUGCAGUAAGCAGGAAGCACUCUGCGCUUCUGAUGGAAAGACAUAUAAAAAUAUAUGCCAGUUUCGGGCAGCCCAACACAAGCAAGGCAAAGGUCAGAUGCUGACAAUGGUGCACCAUGGACCCUGCAAGUCAAAACCAAUUAUCACUUAUGCUCCCCGUGACAUCAUCACAACCAAAGGAAGUGAUGUCAUCUUUUCCUGUGAGGUGUCAUCUUAUCCAUUGGCCUCCAUCCAGUGGAGUAAAGAAGGAGACAUUAUUUCUUUUCCUGCUGAUGAUUCAAGCACAGCUGUACAGGCCCGUGGGGGUCUGCGGCGGUUUGAAUUGACCGCCUGGCUCCAGAUUCAAGGAGUGGGGCCGAAUGAUGCAGGUGUGUACACAUGCACCGCCAGGAACGCCUUCGGAGAGGUGUCUGCCUCCGCCAGAUUACAGGUUACACAUGGAGGUGAACUUGGCCUUCCGAGAAUCCGACAGAGCUGACGAUAACCGUACACCAGUCGAGGGCUUUCUCCAGCAGGAACGUAAAGGCUGGUGAUGACAGGAGGUCGAGAGGGUCCUAGAUGGGGGGAGAUUUGGAAGGGAAAGGGAGAAGGGAUGGAAGGGCUUGUGUAUUAUGUGGCAGGUCGUUGCUGUGACUGUCUGCCUGUUAUCUCUUUCUCUGGGGGGUUUGAUCCUUUAGACUGGCCCUUAUCUUCACCACCAGUGCCUGCAAUAAACCCCCCACCCCCACCCCCCAAUCCCUCGCUUCCCGGAACGUCCCAACUGCUAUGAACUCUGGGAUAGGUGGAAGUGAAAGGUGACUCUGGACACAUGACAGACCCAUUCCUAUAGGUUUAGAGGCUAUAUAGAAAAAUAGAAAGAGAAGGUUUAAACAUAACAAGCGUCUGUGUGUAUGUUUUACAGGAAGUUGUGGGCAAAAAUAUUGAGAAAAUGCAGAGCUUUCUAAAUAUGAUUAAAAGUAAAUGGGCUGCGCUUUAUUUAGUGCAUUAAUUAAUAGAUCCCAUUUGCAUGGUGGUAAUGGCUGUUCACCACAUUUUCACUUUGUUAGUUAAAAAAAGCAUCUACUAAAAUGUUUUACUACAGUAAGCUAUAUCAAUUAUAGUACAUGCAAAUAAAAAGUAAAUGUUUAUUGGCAUCUGUGGUUCCAUGAAAAACCUUUAACGACAAAAAGUUCUUUAUAGUGGAAGAAGGUUCUUUAGAUUUUUAAAAAGCUCCUCACACUAAUAAAAAACUGAUCACUGAAAGGUUCUUUAGGGAACCAUCUGUGCUGCGAAAACCCCUUUUGAAACAUUUAUUUUUAAGAGUGUAUUAAACAAAAUAAAAAUAAAUAGUUAUUUUUUGUUUUGCAUCAUAAAUA